CACUUAUAUACAUUGUAUUAUAAACGACGUAUUGAAACCACUGAAACACUACACUAUCCACUUAGAAGUGACAAUUUAUGUGGAUUAUUUUUCAUACUUAGGAACUACGUUAAUAGUCUUUGUCAUAAAUUAUUAGUAAUUUAUUAUUGUUGAUGUAACUGGAAGCAUGAAGACAUAUGUAAUAGUUCAGAUUUUGCUCUUCAUUUAUUUGGUCUGUGUGUCUGGUCAACGAGGGAGACGGAGGCGCCGAUGCUUUCUACCAAAGGAAAUUGGAGUAUGUCGUGCUCGUAAAACAAGAUAUUAUUUCAACCAGGAGACUGGAAGUUGUGAAGAAUUUAUCUAUGGUGGUUGCGGCGGAAACAGAAAUAAUUUCUCUUCAUUAGAACGUUGCAGAAGAGCAUGUGAACAGGGAUACAACCAAGAAUUUCUCAACAGAGGCAAUGGCUUGGAUGGUCAAGAUGGACAAGACGGACAGGACGGACAGGACGGGUUGUCCUUCAGUGGUUUAGGUGGAAGAGGUGGUAGACGAGGCCAGGGAGGAAGAGGUGGUAGACGAGGAAUGGGAGGAAGAGGUGGUAGACGUGGAAUAGGAGGAAAAGGAGGCUCUGCAGGAAGACCAGGGAAUAGCGGAUUAGGUGGUGUGCAGAAUGUCACUUGGCAGGAUAACCAAUAUAGUUUAGACAACGUAUCACUGAAUGGUGGCCGUGAGAACAAUGGAGGACAUGGUGGCGGGGGUGGUAAUGGGGGUAGUGGGGGUAGUGGUGGUAGUGGGGGUAAUGGUGGUGUUUGGAAUGGCGGUAAUGGUGGCAGGGGUGGUAAUGGGGGUAGUGGGGGUAGUGGUGGUAGUGGGGGUAAUGGUGGUGUUUGGAAUGGCGGUAAUGGUGGCAGGGGUGGUAAUGGGGGUAGUGGUGGUAGUGGGAGUAAUGGUGGUGUUUGGAAUGGCGGUAAUGGUGGCAUGGGUGGUAAUGGGGGUAGUGGUGGUAAUGGUGGUGUUUGGAAUGGCGGUAAUGGGGGCAGGGGUGGUAAUGGUGGCAAUGGGGGUAAUGGAGGACAAGGCGGUAAUGGUGGUAUUUUGAAUGGCGGUAAUGGGGACGAUUGGGGUAAUGAAGAAUAUGACAGAUAUGCUGGUGUUUGGAAUAGGGGUGAUGGGGGCAGAAGGGGUAAUGGAGGACAAGGCGGUCAUAAGGGUGUUUGGAAUGGCGGCAGUGGUGGCGGUGGGGGUAAUGGAGGACAUGGUGGUAAUGGGGGCAGUGGGGGUAACGGAGGACAUGGCGGUAAUGGAGGACAUGGCGGUCAUAGGGUUGUUUGGAAUGGGGGUAAUGGAGGACAUGGUGGUAAUGGCGGCAGUGGAGGUAAUGGAGGACAUGGCGGUAAUGGGGGUAACGGAGGACAUGGCGGUAAUGGAGGACAUGGCGGUCAUAGGGUUGUUUGGAAUGGGGGUAAUGGAGGACAUGGCGGUAAUGGGGGUAAUGGAGGACAUGGUGGUCGUGGGGGUAACUGAAGAUUUAAUCGUGAUUAUAACCUUUUGAUCCGGUAUGACAGCUAUAAAGGUGCACGCACUGUAAUUGACAAAUAAACGCUGAAAUAUUGAAAUAUUUUAAGCGUUAAUCAAUUAAAAAAAUUCCAAUAGCAUUUUAA